AUGGCGCCUAAAAGGGGACAGUAUUACCGUAUGGACGAUCUUUCCCGUAGAAACAGCACCGACAUGUCGAGAGAUCACCACCUCGACGCCGCUCAGCUGCUGUUGCCGCUGCUGCUGCUGCUGCUGUUGCUGAUGUUCUCCGUUGAGGACACGGAGAACCGGUCGCACCGUAGAAACUCAAACACUCGGAUAUCAACGGCUAUGACAUGGCAAAAAUUCCUGGUGCGUCGAUUUUGGACAAAACUUUGGCAGGGUCCCUCGGUGGCCCGUGAUGACUUCCCAAGGCCCAUACAGAUAUUCUGGCGCUUGGAAAGACUCUCUGGUCUCAUCCAACAACGGGUGGGCCGUCCGGUACAAAUGGCCGCACUUGUGCUUUAUUUGGCACUUUGGUUGUCGUUGGCAUGUAGUAUUCUCAUCCCCUAUUGGACCAUAGUUCCCCAGGGUCCUCUGGGCGACGAAGUAUAUUCUGCCUCAUGCUACUCAGAGGAAGAGUUCUGGCGUGGGAAAAACGCCGCUUGUGGGAUGAAUGGUGAAUUAUGUAGUGGGUUUGAAACCGAUGUGGUGAUCCGGUGUCCCGCAUUAUGUGAUCGUAGUUGGACUUAUUCCUUGAUCCCCAUUGGAGAUCAAUUAAUUAAAUAUCGAGGUUAUUUCGUUGGUGGUGGUUCAUUACAAGCAUCCUCUUCCCCUAAAUCAACUCUAUCUAACCCUUAUCGAUUGGAUUCUUACCCCUGUGGAGCUGCUGUUCACGCCGGACUUGUAUCUCCGUUCUUUGGAGGUUGCACCAAAUUAUCCUCCUCAGGACCACAAGCCAAAUUCCCUCUGGCCUUGGGUCAUUAUGGAGUAGAUGAAUCAAUCCCAUUCCUUUCAUUUUUCCCCAAUUCCUUUGUUUUUAAAAAACUUGUUGGGGAAUACACUCAAUGUUAUGAUCCAAGACUUUUCGUGUUGGCCAUGAACAUCUUGUUGGGGGUCCCCAUAGUGAUGUUUGCCCUGGGCCAAGUGACGUAUUGGGUGGUCUCCAUUGUAGGUUUCUGGACCAUUGCCUUGGCAACUGAUCCUCCCAUGGACGUUGAUGCUUCAGACAAUGAGAAUUUCGCAGCCUUGAUCAGUUUAUGUAUGGAGAGAUUUCUCCCCGUUUGUUUCAUCUUGUAUGUCAUGUGGCAUUGUUCUGUGAGAAGGACAUUAAGUAAAAGAGAUCUGGAGGUGGUGGUUGUAGAAGAGCAAGAGAACGACAACGACAACGACUUCAUAGAUCAAAGAGAGCGUCAUGCCAAUGGUCCUCGUCGUCAAUCAACAACUCUUACUGAUCGUCCAUCUUCCUUAAACUGUCUCUUUUUCUUUUACCCACUCUUUUGGUUGGGGGUCCUCAACAAUAUCACCUUUGAUAGGCUCCCCGUUGACAGAUUGACGGUUUCUGACCUAGUCACUCAACCGGGAGCACUCUUGGCUGUGGGCUCCAUAGUCACACUCAUCGUCACCUGUGCUCUUAUCCAAGCAUAUUCCAUUUGGCUCUCGGGCCCAGAUCGGUUCAAAAAAUACCUUCUGAUCUAUAUAACUUUUGCCUUGGUGAUCUUUAUCCUAGCCAACAUCCCAGGCUUGAUCUUGAGAAUCCAUCAUUAUAUCUUAGCCUUGAUUCUUAUCCCUGGUUGUGCCACUCGGGGCAGAACGGCCCUAGCCUUCCAGGGCAUUCUCCUUGGCUUGUUCCUCUCGGGAGCACUGCGUUGGGGGUUAGCAUCCAUUGUAGAAACCGUCUCCUCAUUGAAACGUGACGACCCUCAAGGUGUGUUACUUCCUCCAUCUUUCCUCUCAUACAACAACAUCACUGGUAUUUUGGAAUGGAACAGCACCACGAGCAUUGCCCUCCAUGGCUUGGACGGCGUCUCGCUUCUUGUAAACGACGUGGAACGAUACACAGGGCUGGCCACCUCCUUGAACUUGAAGAAACUAUUGCAGGGCUCUACUCUUUCCCCCUUCAUCAAAAAAUCGAUGAAGGAUGGGUUCCAUGACAAGAAUGGUGAUAUCCCAAUCUACCUUCGUAUUGGACGCAAGAUGUUGGGUAGUUCCACCUAUGGAGACUUCAGUUUAGCGGCUGUUUUAAAAUGGCCCAGUGGAGGUUUCACUAUCCCAGAGGAAGGAGUAACCUAG